AUGGCUAACUUGAGAACCCAGAAGAGACUAGCUGCCUCUGUUGUUGGCGUCGGCAAGAGAAAGAUCUGGAUGGAUCCUUCUGAGACCGCCGAGAUUGCCCAGGCCAACUCCAGAAACGCCAUCAGAAAGUUGGUCAAGAACGGCACCAUUGUCAAGAAGCCAACCAGAGUUCACUCUAGAUCCAGAACCAGAGCCAUGGCUGAGUCCAAGAGAAACGGCCGUCACACCGGUUACGGUAAGAGAAAGGGUACCAAGGAGGCUAGACUGCCAUCCCAGGUCGUCUGGAUCAGAAGAUUGCGUGUCUUGAGAAGAUUGUUGGCUAAGUACAGAGACGCCGGCAAGAUCGACAGACACUUGUACCACUCUUUGUACAAGGCUGCCAAGGGUAACACCUUCAAGCACAAGAGAUCCUUGGUCGAACACAUUAUCCAGGCCAAGGCUGAUGCUCAGCGUGAGAAGGCCUUGAAGGAGGAGGCUGAGGCCAGAAGAUUGAAGAACAGAGCUGCCAGAGAGAGAAGAGCUCAAAGAAUCGCUGAAAAGAGAGAGGCUUUGCUAAAGGAAGAUGCCUAA